AAUUAAAUAAUGAAAUUUUUCCAACAUGAGAUGUACUGAAACAUAAAUGAGAUGCAAGUAAAGGUUGAUGCCUUUUGUUAGAGCUUUCGGCGCGGCAACUCUGGGCGAACAAGUUAAAAUGGUUCGUUUGCCUUUGCUGUUCUUUUUCGUUCUCAUCUUGCGUUCAACUUUUGCAAGUACUCCGACCAAAUCAGCUAGCAAGGUUUCUUCAAAUGGGACACAGCAAAACCAGUGUGGACAGUGGUUUUCAAAAGAAUGCUGCUGUUGUCGAGACGGUAGAGACGGCCGGGAUGGUCAAAACGGAAAAGAUGGUCGCGACGGACGCGACGGGAAAAACGGAGAAAAGGGGCAGAAGGGCGAACAAGGAUUUUUUCGUGAAAACGGUGCAAAGGAGGGUGCCAAGGGCGAAAAAGGCUUUCGAGGAAAUGACGGGAUAAACGGUACAAAGGGACAGAAAGGCGAACCUGAAUUAGCAACAAAACGGUCCCAAGGUGCAAUCAAGUUUGGUGACACUGCUGACAAUUGUACACUGCUUACCGCUGGCACAGUUCGUUUCAGUGAUUCCCAUAAUUCUUUGCAACUAUGUGAUGGAAGCGCUUGGUUGCCAUUGAUGACUGCUGGGAAAGGUCAACCGCCUAAUAAAUCUGGUCGUCAUUGUUUGGAUAUUUUAAAUUCAGGUCAUAGUCAUGGUAACGGACUCUACUGGAUCGACCCAAACGGAGGCCCAUCAGAAGACUCGUUCCAAGCUUUUUGCGACAUGGAAACUGAGGGUGGAGGCUGGACUCUAGUCGCCACAAAGUUCUCCCCAAGCUUCCUCUUCAUCAAAGCUGGAUUUUCGACACUGGCCGCAAAAAGUAAGUACACAGAUGCCGCGAGUCAUAUCCACCCUGACAUGGAGAACUGGAAAGAAGUUAUGUUCCGGUUUAGUAACGACAGCAACAUCCGGACUAUUUACAACAGGAAGGCGGGCGCGCCACAAAAAGGAAAAACAGAGUUCGAAGAGUUCUUAAUGGGGAAGUCUGCUAAAUUGAGAACGAGCGUGUACGGGUUUUACAAGUACAGCCCAGCAGAUCACAAUAAGAAAAGUCCCGCUGUAGGUUUUGACGCAAUAUCAACACUGUUCUUCUAUUCAGACCGUGGGAUUUCUGAAGUCCACAAUGGCGGUUCUGACAAGUGGCUUGACAUGUGGAAUGAUGCGGAUGUCUACAACAACAAUUACAUCUUCUCCGACGACAGCAAAGCGCGUGGCACCAAGUGUAUCGCGGGCUACUGCUAUCUGAACAAACCAAUCUGGGUGAUGGUGCGAUAGAAGCAAACUUAAGUUGAAAAUUAUCCGAGGAACUUGUUGAGUUUUAAUAAACAACGAGUAGGGUUUAAGUGCAGACGUUUUAUUAGCAGUGCAAACUUUAACACGGGGUAGUGCAAAAUAAAAAAAAAAGAAAAAUUGUUAACUCAGUCUUACAGUGUGUAAGGAAUUUCUAAGAUAUGUAACUGAUCAAGAAAGACGCAACAUGAAAUCUACUUGUUUUACAUAAUAAAGAAACAAAAAAUCUUAA